AUGGCGCCCGGCAAGGCAAAGGCCACCUCUCCGCCCGCCUGGUACGAGCCGGCUCUGAGCGCGCCUAGCGCUUCGGAGAAGAACCUCGCCGCCGUGCUGCUGAUGAUGGCGGAGGCCAGCAACGAGAAGGGGAAGACCGCGCUUCGGGCUGGCUCCGCUGAGCCUGAAGCUCCAGGCAGUACCUUCUACCCCUUCUUCAUGAGUAUUGUUGUUGCGGGGCUGGCUGCGGGACCCCUGGGCUCCGUGCUCCUGAAGAGGCCGCGGAAUUGCGCCGCCGUGGACCAGUCGACGUCGUUGGCGAAGAAGAAGAAAGAGGAGGCGGCCACAUCUUCGCGAGCUCAGCAGCCUGGCCUGGCCGCACCUCCUCUGGUGCAGAGAGGUGGAGAGGGCACCCCUACUUCCCCCGCUCGGUCGUCCUCGCGAGGCCUAGCGGACCACCCUGAGGAGGAGGUGGCUUCCUUGGCCAAGCUGGCUCCGGAGGCACCCAUCUCCGGUUCACCCGCGGACGUCACCAAGGCUAAGAAGCCCCAUGUCUCUCCCUUCGCCAUCGUCAGCUCGCAGGUCUUGAUCACGCCGCAGCCUCCUCCUCCGGUCAUGCCGCUAGUUCGUGGCCCUUAUGCUUCACCCGACGCCCUGGAGGAAGCUCUUUCCGCGCUGACGCAGCUUCGGGGUGACCUCCAAGGGGCCGACCGUCGCCUGGUGGCAGGGCGCUUGGAGUUGAUCUCGGACUGGCUGCACUCUAACGCUUCUGUUAGGGCUGUGCUGAGCCAGGCCGUGGCGGCACCCGAGGAGGACAAGCGGGCCGCCGCCCAAGCCGCAGCCGCUCGCGAGGCGGCGCAGGAGGAUGCGGAAGCCGCCAGGGAGCGCUGUCGGUCGAUGGAGGCUGAGCUGGAGACCAUGCCCCACGAGCGCGCGGCCGAGGCCCGCAAUCGCAAGGCGGAGGAGGAGAAGAUGAAGGCCCGGGAAGACACCAUCAACAAUCGUGAUGCUGAGUUGGAGCAGCUGGCGAGGGCGCAGGCCGCGGAGCACGGCCGCUUGGAGGAGCUGGAGAAGAAGGUGGAGGCGGAGAGGGCCCGGCUGGAAGCCAAGGCGAAGGUCCUUGCCGAGGAUCGCGCAGCCUUCAAGUCCCUUGAAGAAAGAUCCUGCGGGGCGCUGAGGGCAUUCUACAAGAAGGGCCUGGAGAAGCCGUUGGUGACAGACGAUGAAGGCCCCGCCCAGCUGCUUGCUUCUCUUGUUGUGGCGCUCGAGGGUGUUGCCAACGGGAUCGACUCCAUGGUGGAGGGGGAAGCGCGCGCGCUUUCCUCGUCGGCCUUGACGUGCGUCUUCAGCCAUCUCUACCUUCGCGACCCCAAUGCCGACCUCGGUAGGCUGCUGGAGCCCGUGGAGGGCGAGCGCUGCACGGCUGCCGCCGCAGCCGUUGAGGGCCAGGUGGAAGCCCUACUGACCAAGUUCCUCGUCGUUGAGCCUGCACCUCCAGCCGAUGGCCCCGCCGAUCCUGCGACAAGGGCCGAUGAUGCAGCCGACGGUGAUGCUACCUGCGGGAAGGUUCUUACCGAGAAGAACAACCUGCUAACUCAAGAGCUAGAGCAGUGUCGGGCACAGCUAAAUGCUGCCACCGCCGAGCUGGCAAAUUCCAAGAAGGCAUCUACUGGGUCAUCAGAUCGACAUGAUGAGAAGCUGGCCGCUACACUGGAAGGAGAGCAAAAAGCAAAAAAGAUGCAUGCCGCAGGCGAGCGUAUACUGACUCAAGCCAUAAUAGAGAAGAACAAGCUUCAGGAUGCCAAGACCAGCUUGGGUAUUGAGCUAAAAGAUGUGCGGGGCCAGCUAGCCGACUCCGUGAAGGAGAAUAAGGAACUGCGAGGCGGUAUUUUGACGGGCCGUCCCGAAGGGGAGGUGUCCGAAUCAUCAAGUGAUCUUCUGCAGGGGCUAUCGCAAGUGCACGAGCAAGCUCGGUAUGGACAGAGACAGCGGAGUGGAUUCAAUGUCCGGCUCCGCUACCCGAGGAGCCAGUCAUCCCGCUCCUGGCAAAAAAUGCUAGUUCCAGCGCCCUACAAGGCGCCGGAGAAGAAGGCCAAGAAAAAGGCCAAGGGGGUCCGAAGUGGCCCCCGCCGCAAGGGAGCUUCGGGCAUGUCGUCCGAAGACAAAACUCACUCCUCGGCCGCCGAAAACGACGACGAGGAGGAGGAAGAAAGCAGCUCCCCCCCCUGA